AUGGACCUCAGCCAAUCCAAAAAUCUAAAAACGGAGGUGAAGGAAACCCUCAUAGAUGUUCUGGGAAAACUCAAGAAACUGGUGGGUGACUCCGAGGCUGAACGCGAGGCCGAAAAAGCUCGGAAGGGGAGCGGGGGCCCCGGGGAUGGGGUGCCGGUGAACAUAAACACCGGCGCCGCGUCCGCGGUUCCCCCGGACUCCGGACCGAGCAAAAUCCUCGAGGAGCACUCCCGUCUCCUCCUGGAGCACAAGGAGGGGUUGAAGGCCGUCCAGGAGGAGAUGGCAAAGUGCACCCAGGCAAUUGAGGAUCAGCGUCGGAGUUACGCCACCGUGGCCGCCUAA